AUAUAUUAAAACAUACAGAAUAUGUGUGCAGUCUGAAAAAAGAAACUGGAGUUUUUUUGUGUAUGGGAGAACAAUAAUAUUCAUGUGUAAAAUAAGGGAAUAGUUCCCUUUUCUUUAAUGCAUUGUUGUGGUUUUCAUUCUGCUCCCUCCAGCUUCUAUAAAUGUUAAAUUCUGUAAUUAGAUAAACAAAUUUACUGAGCAUCAUAACCGGCCACUUACUUACUUAACAAACUGCCAUGCUGCUGUCUCAGCCUAAUCCUCAGGCCGCCUCCCUCGCUAUAAUCUGAUUAGCAGUGGCGUCUGCCAACACGCGUCUGUGUGUGUGUCCAUUCCUAUCUGUCCCUUCAUGCAUUCGUGUACUUGUGUUACUUAAGACAACGAGGAUUGGCAGCAGUCGCUGGAACACAAACACAGUUUUGGACCGUUACGCUUCCUGAUUUCUUGGCUUCGGUCAUGGUCACCAGCUCUGCCCACGAUGCCUGUGUUUUACUCACCUGUUCAAGAGAACCUGCAGAUGGGUCUGGCCUAUAUGGGAGGCUCUGUGUUCACCAACAACAGGACGGCAGACAGCGACUUCACACGGGAGCAGGAGGACGUUUCUGUGGUGAACGAGCUGGUCUCUCACCUUCCCCUGCAGAUGCUGCUGUACUUCAACAUGUUCUAUUUUCCCUGUUGGUGGUUUUCUGCUGUUUUCAUGUUAGAAGUAAAGUUCUAUUAUCUUCCCGGGUACUACCAGGCUCUGCUCAUAACCGGGAUGAUCCUCCUCACAGUCAUUGAAGUGGUCCGACUUUAUCUGGGCUACAUUGGCAACCUUAAAGAAAAGGUGCCAGAGCUGGCAGCCUUCUGGCUCCUGUCUUUCAUGUUCCAGCUGCCGGUGCUGCUGUUCUUCCUGACCGAUGAAGGAAUUAUCAUCCUGCCUCUAGAGAGAGCCGUCCACUCCCUCUACCUCCUCUUCCUGCUCGCCCAGAUCCUGGCCUCGUUCCUGGCGCUCAAGACCAUGACCCGAAAGCUCACCUUGCUCUUCUAUCUGCGCCAGCUUGGGAAGGUGGAGAGCUACCAUCACGCAGGGAUGAGCCCUGUCUAUGGGCUGCCCUACAACCGCAGUGUGCUGCCUGUGUCACCCGCCAGUGAUAUGUACCACUAAAGGGGAACACCACCCAAAAUAAGAAUUCCAAUAUGUUAUUGAAAAGGCCAAGAAAUGUUCAAUCAGUUUUAUGAACAUGAGCUACUCUCUCUCAAAGCCACAAGCCAGAUUAAGUCUUGAACUUGUGAUGUCAUCAGUUAUAAAGUUUGCUGCUCCAUAGGCAGUGAACGGGAGCCUGGUUUGGUGACCAACAGAAUGUUUGUUUUCUCUUUUUAAACCCCAGAUGGGCUUUAUUCAGUUCUGAAAAUGUUCCCAUAUAUUCAGAACGUUAGCAUGUGUAUUGGUAGUUCAAACACAAAUGGACAUCUGAGACACAUCGUCAUUCACGUGUCUAUAAUGCAUCUCCAGCUGACCACUUGUGUUCGGAUUUUGUUACUACCUGUAUGUCGAGAAGGUCAAAGGGCCCAGCACUCAGUUAUUACGUCACACAGCUGGAGAUAUUGCUAUCAGCAGAAUUCAACAUGUCUCCUCCAAAAUGAUGGAUGGUAAAAUAGGGGGCCGUACACAUGCCGCGUUUUUUGUGCCCUCAAAUUCGCCAGGUGCGCACACGUUACUAAGUGCCCGUUUUUCAGGGUGCAACAGCUGCGUAAAUAUCAGUCUGUGGUAAAUAUAGAAAAGUUGAUCAUGUUAGUGCAGGGCUACCCAGAGC